AUGGCAAGAACAGAGACCAUUGUGGAACCUACCACGGUUCGAGAAACACUUCGAGUAUACGACACCCACUUCACCGGAGACGAUGACACUGCAGAAGAUCCCACGAUCCAGAUCCAAGGGCACACAGAAGAACACAUUGCACUGCCUGAUUCGAGUUGGCCUUCGGACUGGCGACGAAUGCCUCCAUAUCGGCCCUCAAGCCGGUCACAUCGACUGUCGGAACGGCCGGCAGGUUUCAACCCCGUCGAGUCUACUAUGGUUGUGGUCAUGUUUACGGGCGUUUGGACAUACGGGGUAAGCAAGAACUCUCUCACACGGCCAGUACGAGCGCCGUGGGGAAGGCAGGACAUGAUGCUGAUAUUUUGGUUGUUGCAGAAUCUGAACAGGUUAUGGCGCUCGACUGUAGGGAGAUGGAACAACGAUAGCAUGAAAUAUAAAAUUGGCGGAGAAUGGUAG